AUGUUCACUCUUUUCUUUCAAUUCAACGUUGUAAGGAUGGUAAGAACGCACGGAAUCAAGCAUGUGGCUAUUGUAUCGGUAUGCGUAUUGGUUGUAUUUGCGUUUGUGCUUCGAAUGGGUUCGAUGUCUCCAUCUAUAGAGCAGGUACUCAGAGAUGUGCCCAAUUUAUAUACGAAGGAAGGAGAAGAACAAGAAGGCGAGAACAAAGAGGGGGGGGUUACAAAUGAAGAGACGACGGUUAAGAAGGAUGGCAGAUAUGAUGGAUUAGCAGCUCUUGGAUUUUCAUAUAAGAAAUCGAACGAGCAGUUAGAUUUGGCACGAAAAUUGAAUGAAAUGACACAGAAGUUGGUGGAUGAGCAAGAGAAACGAAUCAACAAGUUAGAGAAGGAGAGAUUUAACUUGGAAAAGCAGUUGAAUACGCUGCGGAGGCCAAGCGAGAGUCUCUCUCUGCGAGAAAAAUUGGCCUAUUUGUAUCCAUACGAUGCGAAUAAGAGGUUUCCUGGUUAUAUAUGGCAGAGUUGGAGAUACGGUUUAAACGACGAUCGAUUUGGACCGGAAUUCAAGAUGGGAGAAGAAGCAUGGGCCAGAAGUAACCCCGGAUUUGUUCAUGAGAUCUUCAACGAUGAUACUUCGAAUGCAUUUGUUCACUGUCUGUUCAUCAAUGUUCCUGAGGUGAUUGAAGCAUAUGAAGCGUUACCCGAUAUAGUACUCAAGGUUGACUUUUUCCGGUAUUUAAUUCUAUUUUCCAAAGGUGGAAUUUGGGCAGAUAUAGAUACAUUUCCUGUCAAACCUGUUCCCAAUUGGAUUCCAGAAAAUGUUGAGCCAUCCGAAUUAGGAAUGAUUAUAGGAGCCGAUCAUGACAUGGAAGGAGACGGAAACAACGAAGACUGGCAGAAUAAAAGAGCACGCAAGUUUCAGUUCAGCAAUGCAGUGAUCCAAGCCAAGUCAGGUCAUCCUGUUUUAAGAGAUAUCAUUGCAGAGAUUACAGAAACAACUCUCGAUAAGAAACGUCGAGAAGAUUUGAAUUUGCCUGAAGAUGGCCGGGAAAUCGCUAUAAUGAACUGGACAGGAGAGGGAAUUUGGACAGAUGUGGUAUUGAAGUUCUUUAAUGAUUAUGUUCUUAGUGGAGUGUUUACCAAGGUUACGUGGAAAAACUUUCAUGAGUUGGAUGUUCCAAAGUUGGUAUCAGAUGUAUUGGUGAUGCCCAAGAAGGUAUUUGGAAGUCCAUUUAAGUAUAAGAAGGGAAAGGAGAGCGAUAAUGGAGAUGAUUCUGAUCCAUUAGUGUUUGUGAGACAUCAGAGGAGCAAGGUGUAUCAGGGAUGA